AUGGCCCCAGAGAGUCGGUUUGACUGUGGCAGGGACAAACUGCUCAGCCAGAGCGAGUGUGAGGACAGAGGAUGCUGCUACGCCCCUCUGCCUGACUCCGCAGGACCACCCUGGUGCUUUUACCCCCGUGUGUAUCCUGGCUAUAAAAUGGGACCCCUCAUACCUACUCCUCGGGGUCAGGGUGCCUCACUGACUGAUGCCAGCCCCUCAUACCUCCCCAAAGAUAUCUCCACUCUAAGGCUGUGUCCAAAUUCAGGGGCUGCUUCCUUCGGAGGACCCAGCCUUCACGGUCUACAUGGGCCAGGUCAGGAAAAAUGGGUGAAGAACUUUUCAGACCUUAAUCUCACUGAACCUGAAAAGAAAGUACUAGCCAAAGGACUCAAUUUUGCCAUUUCUCUGCAACAGUUGCCGAUAGUGGACCUCAUCACAGCCACAGAAACCGGCAUACGGAUUAAUAAAUUAUCACAGACAGAAGCAGAGCAAAUCAGGAUGAAAGUCUCAGCCACCCUCUCCAGUGCUCAAGUCCCUUUGUCUAACCUCACAUUACAAGAAAAGAAGGCCGUUGCUUCCCUGAGCAAAGACCACAACAUCACUAUAUUACCAGCCGAUAAGGGAAGGUGCACCGUGGUCCUAAACACAACAGAUUACCACACGAAGAUCACUACUCUCCUCAGUGACAACAAUCCCUACGAAGCCUUAAAGCGAGACCCCACAAGCAGCUACAAAAAGAAAGUUAUAGCUAGCCUUCAAGACCUUGAAAGGGACAAAAUCACUGACCGCCUUACAUAUCACCGCCUUUACCCAGGGGAUGCCAUACCCUGCAUUAACAGACUUCCUAAGAUCCACAAAGAAGGUGUCCCACUCAGACCCAUUGUCAGUAGCAUAAACUCAGCCACUUACAACAUCUCGAAACACCUUGCUACCGUCCUAGCACCUCUUGUGGUGAACACCCCACAUCACGUCAAGAACUCCACCGACUUCACCGACAAGGUCCAGAAACUUACCCUGGACCCAGAUGAAACCAUGGCGUCCUUUGAUGUAGUCUCCCUCUUCACUUGCAUACCCACCACGGAGGCAGUGGAGACUGUUAGAAAACGACUACAAGAAGACAGCUCCUUGGAAGACAGGACCAACUUCACUCCCGAUCAGAUUUGCACACUGUUAGACCUCUGCCUCACCUCUACAUAUUUCAAAUACAACGAUGGUUUCUACAGACAAAAACAUGGCUGUGCCAUGGGCUACCCCGUGUCAUCUAUUGUAGCCAACCUUUACAUGAAGGAAGUGGAAAGAAAGGCUCUUGGCUCUUUUAAAGAGAGAGUACCCAGCCACUGGUACAGAUAUGUAGACGACACCUGGGUCAAAAUCAAAAGACAAGAAGUGGAAUCCUUCACGGCGCACAUUAACGCUGUGGAUAAAAACAUCAAGUUCACCAGGGAAGACACAAAGGAUAACUGUUUGCCUUUCCUGGACUGCGCUGUGCACAUUGAAGAGAAUGGCAACCUCAACAUCGAAGUUUACCGGAAGCCUACAAACACGGACCAGUACCUCCUCUUUGACUCCCAUCACCCUCUGGAACACAAACUUGGAGUAAUUAGGACCCUACACCACCGGGCAGAACAUGUUCCCUCUAAAUUCGAUCAAGAAGGGAUUGAUUUCUUAUAUGUAAAACACAGCAUCCUGCAGCCUGAAUCAGGUGCUUUUAAUCUGAUAUCGCCAUGCCAUGAAUUUAAGUCCUUUGCUCUAGCUGCUACAUUGGAUCGCACAAGACUCCAAGCUAAGUUUGCCAAAGAAGUUCUUAAAUUUGCAACUGGUUGUAUGAAUAUCAGAUCAAAUGGCACAAUACACUUUGGUGUGAUGGACAGCAAGGAGGAUGGAGGAUAUGUGCAUGGCGAGAUAAUUGGUAUACCUGUAGCAAACAAGGAUAUUUAUGUCGAUGCUUUGGACUACAUUGAAAGGAGUUUCUCCUCUGACAAAGAGCACAUACGCCAGUGUGUGCGACCGCCAAGGUUCAUUGAGGUCAUGGAUCGACAAAGUACAGAAAAACGAUAUGUGGUAGAGGUUGACAUUGUGCCAUCAAUAAGUAUUGUCAAGGGCAAAUUGUAUGCAGUUCGUCUGCCAAAUUUCAAAGAAUCAACAAACAAAGUAGAGUUUGAGAAAGAGACGAUUUUGCGAAGAGUAGGUUCAAAAACGGAGCCAGUGAGUGACAAGGACCUAAGUGACUUUUACCAAAGAGUCAAAGAUCGUGAUGCUCAAAGAGAAGAAGCAGAAAAAAAUCAUUUCCUUAUUGCUCCAGAAAUGUGUCAAGACCUUGGAAGGAAACUCACCAUGCUGAUGACCAGUGGUAAGAAAUUCAUUGAAAAGGAAAAAUGGUUCAUACUCGUAACAAACAAAUUCAAACCUGAUGACCUUUCCAACAUCGACUGGCUGAUUAACAUGAAUAUGUUCUGCGUGUUCGACUUUGACCCAGACUCAAAGAUAUCAGGUCUUUGCAGUAGAUACCUUGAGCACCAUGCCGCAAACAUGCAUUUCCUGCAGAGCUACAAAAUAUCUCCUGGCACAACCAUCAAAGAAUUCACAAACCACCUGCAUUUGUUUGACCAAACUAGUUGGAUCUUUUGCAAUGGGCGGACUGACUUCAAAGGAAAUGAAACUCCAUGUGACGAAAUGACUUGGAUCAAAACAAAAAUGACUUUACUCCGAGAGUCUGUGUCUUUGAUCUGUAAAGAGGUUUUACCAAAAGGUACAUUCCACGUCAUAUUUCUGUUAACAUCACCAGUUGAGAAACCACUCUUGCACACCUUCUAUGAGUUUUUCACAGACAUGGAAGGUCAUGAAGACAUCAUCUGCAUCUGUGAAUCAGAGAAAACCUUCCAGAAAUGGCAAAGCUUUGCAGAGGGUUCAUGUGGGAAAGACGCUUUAGACAAUUCCAGUGUUGUUGGAAUGAAAAUGAGUCACAUUAAUGCAACCCUGCAACAUAUACAACCUGUAAAAGUGUGUGUCACCAAACACUUGCCGGUCUUUGUGGGAGGGACAUGUCUUCUUGAAACACAAGUAGAGGAACAGAUGUACUCGCUGGAGAUUCUGACAGUUAAUCAUUGUAAUGAAACAAGCAAAGACUUCAUCAAUGAGGAAAAAGAAAACAUUGAACACCAGUUCUACCGUGGUGGGAGAGUGACCUGGUUGAAUUUCUGGCUUGCUGAGAACAAAUAUGCUGGAGAGGUCAUUGAAAGAGAUGCUUAUCACAAUACUUCCAAACUUCUCAAAGAUGCCUUGAAAUAUAAUGCAGACCAGACUCCAGGGAAUAUCAUAAACAUCUACCAUCACCCAGGAAGUGGUGGAAGCACUGUGGAAAGACAAGUGCUGUGGAACAACAGAAAAAGUCUAAGGUGUGCGGUUGUGAAGCCCUCAUAUCCAGUUUCUGUUGUUGCACAACAUGCAGUUGAACUAAGAGAAUAUGAAGAAAAGGAUCCACAGAGAUGUCUUCCUGUGCUGCUCCUCAUUGAAGACUCAGACAAAGAAUAUCUAGAUGAUCUCAGGAAUGAAUUAGAGGUUGCCAUUAAUGUUAAGCAAAUCCAGUAUGGCACCCUCUGCUUCAUUUUGCUGAGCUGCAGACGUUCCCAUGAUCCAGAGAAAAAAUGCAAGGAGUCUCCUUUACAAAAUGUGUCUGUCACUCAUAAACUAUCUGAUCAGGAAAAGAGAAAGUUUGCUGGAAAACGGCAGGAACUCGAAGAACAAUAUGAACCCAAAUUCAUUCUGACAUUUGUUUUGAUGAGUGAAGGAUUCAAUGAAGAUUAUGUUCAUCAGUUUGUGAAAAAUCUGCUCAAAGACAUUGACCACCACUCUAUUGUCACUCGACUCAUUAACUAUGUAGCAUUGCUGAACACAUAUGUUCAAAACUCUUUCAUCUCUCAAUCGCACUGUGAAGCUUUGCUCGCCUUAACCAUUCACUUGGAGAGGUUUCGCCAGCACGAGUUUGAGAGAUCCCUCAGCGAUCAGGCUAAACUAGUCUUCUUACACCUUCGAGAUGACAAGACACACAUUGAAUCAAUCAGAAUCAUCCACCCACUUGUUGCAAAAGAAAUUCUUCAACAACUUCUGGAUCCUCAACAAACCCAAAGCAGCUUGGCAAUGGAAUUGCUCAACGAGAAUGUGCUCUUCGAGCACAGAUUUGGAAGGGAUGAGUAUCACACAUUUUUGAGACAACUUUUCAUUCGGAGAUCCAGGAUAAGCAAAGGAGAUAAAUAUGAUAGCCUUUUCUCUCCUCUCAUGGAACAUGUGCGUGAAAAAGAAAAAAACCCACAAAAAGCAAUUGAGUUGCUCAUAGAAGCGUUCCAGCGUUUCCAUAAUGAUCCAUUCUUUGCACAACAACUUGCUCGUCUUCAUUACACUUAUGAAAAGUUAGAAGAAGCUAAACACUGGGCAGAGACAGCAGCUAAACAGCUGCCCAACAACUCCUAUAUACUUGACACAAAGGGGCAGGUAUAUGACAGGGGCAGCCAGGGUGGCUCCUCUAAAGAAAAUGACGCUGCUGCAUCUGGAGAAAAUAAUCAAACUGUGCAAUCAGCAGUUGAACACCUUGACAAAGGUUAGUGGACCAAGAUGAAAGACAUUCCUCAGCGGAAGAGAAGGUUUUACGCCCAUUUUUUUCUGGGCAGUGGGAAUGGAUUGAACCAUUCAGAACAGCUGUCAACUAUUUUACGUGCCAGAGGUGGCUACUUUGAGUCAAAUGUUUAG